GGGGUGAGCUGUAUUUGUAUAUAAAUAAACAAUGAACAUGCACAGCGUUUGGCCGGCGGUUCUUUGAAUCUCUUCAAUUCGCUGCAACGGCGGGUUUCCUCUGUUGCAGGAAGGAAUUGAAGUUUAAAUGGAUCGUUUCUUUCCUCACCAUUUUCUGCUAAUUUUAACGUUGCUUUCUCAAACUCCCCUGUCAUGGAGCUGGUCUUUCUUUUCCAAUCAGGAGGUUCAUUCAGACAGCAACAAACUCUCAGGGAACAAGGUGGUUUCUGAAUUUUCCAUUGAGUCUCUGAAUGAUCGGAGAGGUCUCCAGGUCGUCGAGAAUGCUAAGAACAAAAUGCUCGCACCAAAUUCCUGUUGGCAAUCUGCCUACCAAAAUGUUUUCCAAGGAUGCUCAAAGACCCUUGCUGAUGAAGAAUUACGGUCUAGAUUUGCUUGGCAUCUCAGCGACUGUUUUCAACGCCACACUGGCCGAUCUCCUCUCCCAUACUGCGAUGCCAAAUCUUCCAUGAAGAAAUGUCUAAUGAAGCUUGACGCAGAUGCUCACAAAAUUUAUCUGGAAUACUUUCUUGAGACGAACUCUCUCUGUCAUCAACUACAAAACGAAGCAUUCAAGCAUCAGACUGAGAGAUUAGUGAAUGAUUUAAAGAGCACUGCCGAGUACGCUGAAGUAAAGUUAUCAAGGAUAGAAGAACAUGGGGAGCUAUUGCUGCAAAAUUCUAAGCAGAUGCAUGACUCUUUGUCUUCAAUAGACAUGAAAACACAGCAAGUUGCAGAGACUUCGAAGAUAGUCGAGGAUCAUGUCAAUUCAGUGCUGAAGUAUUCAGAAUCAGUUUACGAGCAGUCCAAGGGUAUAGCAGCAUCUCAACUUGAGUUACAUGAAGGCCAAACGAAAAUGAAGGCGAACUUGGAAGAAGGAAUGGCAAUGAUUCGGGAGUCCUAUGAUAACUUGGGAGGAGAAAUUGUUAACUUGAGAAAUGAAGCAGCUGAAAUAGAGAAGGAGAUCACCAAGGUUGGAGAUACAAUGUUCUCCAAGAUGAACACAUUGCAGAGUAAGGCAGAUGAUAUCGGGAAUCUGGCUGGGACAUCCUUAGAUAAACAAAAAGAGCUUCUAGAUGGGCAAUCGAUGGCUCUCGAUGGAAUCCAGUUUCUUACCAGAUUUCAGUCCCAAGCCCUUGAAGAGAGCAGGCUGAAUCUACAGAGGUUGGCUGAGUUUGGGCAAAAGCAGCAGGAGGAGCUACUGGAAAGACAGAAGCAACUCCACCAGUCCCAUGAUCAUCUUGUGGAAAAUUCGAAACUUAUACUAGCAGCUCAGGAAGAAUUUGAAUCGAAGCAAGCAAGAAUGUUCGUAGCCCUGGACAAGCUGUUCGCCCUGCACAGCGCCAUGUUCUUUGAAUCACGUGCCCUUAUGGCUUUCCUCACAUACUCGCUUGCAAUUUUCGUCGUCUACAUGCUGACAAGUGUAAGGCAGGCAUACAAUGUGAGGCAUAGACUCUAUCUAGGUCUCUGUUUUGCAUUCUCAAUCGAGAUAGCCAUACUGCGGGGCAUAGCAAAUGAUGCAGAACAGCAACGGUGGCUGAUUCAUAUCAUUAGGUCUAUUUUCGCACUUCUAGCAUCGACCCAAUACAUAUAUUCCAUCAUCACCUACAGAGACUAUGAAAUGCUGAACCACAAAAUGCUACUGACCCUAAUGGACAAGGUCAGCUCCAUUCAAGGGAACAAAGGACUAAUAUCAUGGGACAUGGAGACAGAUGAUAGUGAUGUUAAUUGGUCUCAGUGGGUCGACACCGAGCUUCCGGAAGAAGUCAAUUUGUUGGAGGAUCCAGAUUAUUUAUUGCCGGAGGAAUUCAACGAUAAUUCAUCGGCUACCAGUUCGUGCACUAAGCGAUACAACCUCCGAAGGCGGUUUUAAUUAAGUACUGCUGCUCCCAGAAGGAAGAAGAAGAAGAAGAUGAAGAAGAAGAAAAGCAGGUGGUCUGGUAGCCAAAUGGA